AUGGCUGCUGAACUAUGGAAUGAUCUUCAAUAUAUGGUUCUUGGUCGAGAUGAUCCGGAAUUGUUUAUUCCUAGUUCAGCAUAUGCUGGUGCUUUGGCAAGGAAUAGACUCAGUCUUAUCGGACGUCUGCUUAAUCCUACCCUCCAAGACCGUAGGCGUGUACUAUCUGCCUUACCUGCUCAAUGGGAUAUUUAUGAUAGGGUGCAUGGUCAUUUUUUGGAUGAUAGUUAUGUCCAGUUUAGGUUUAGUUCAGAGAGUGACUUAGCCUCCGUUCUCAGAAGGGGACCCUGGGUGUUUGAAAACUGGUUUGUUGCUCUUCAAAGGUGGGAAGACUUUCCCAGAGAGGAUUUCCUUACAUCUAUUGACCUUUGGGUCCAAAUCAGAGGUAUCCCCCUUCCUUAUGUCUCUGACACUACAGUUAGGUUCAUUGCUAAUACUCUUGGUGAGGUUGUGGCCUUGGAUUUCAAUGAGGAGACGACUACGCAGAUAGCCUUUAUUAGGGUGAAGAUUAGAGUUGAACUCACAAACCGUCUUCGUUUCUUUAGAAAGGUCAGAUUUGAAUCUGGAGAAAGAGCCAUGAUAGGUUUUGAGUAUGAAAAACUCAAAAAAGUUUGCACCAACUGUUGUCGCUUCAAUCACGACUUGGCUCACUGUCCGUAUCUUGCUCCUCCGGCUUUUGAUGAUGACUACCUCGAUGUUCCUCAGGCUCCUGGUCAGGAUGAAGAAGGGAUCUCCUCUCUCAACAGCUGUAAUGAAGACAUUAAAUCAGAUCAGAGCUCUGCAAUUUCCUCCUACUCCCCUAUCUCACAGCCGCCGAGACCCGCUACUCCUGCGCCUAAUUUGGAAGAGUUUUUUGCUGCUAAUCCCCUCCAAUGUUUUCCGUCUUCAAGUUCUACCUCCAUCAAAGUCUCAUCAGAUCCUCUGUUUUCUACAGUUGGAAAACCUAAAGGAAAAUAUGAAAUUGGGGAGAGCUCGAAAAGGAAAAAAGGGAAACAGAUGCACAUGGGGACUGAUAGGAACACUCGUCAAUGCAGAAAGGAUCCAGGACUGAGGUUCUAUCCGGUUUUACCAUGA